AUGAAAGAAUUGAAUAAUAAUAAUAAUUUAGAAAAUAAAGAUGAAAUUAUAAAGUUAAAAAGGGAAAAAUUGAAACCAAUUCAAGUUAGAAGAAGCAUAAAAGACAUUUUAAUUGAUAAAAACCCUUGUGAUUAUAUUUAUAAUUACACUGGAAGAAAUAUAAGUAUAUUUCCAAAAGAUUUAUUAAGUAAUAAUGAAAAUAUAAAAGAUUCUUUUAAUGAAUCUGAAAAUGAUAAAAAUAAUUCAGAGAAAGAAGUAAUAAGUACCAUAUCAAUAAAUGAACAUGAACAAAAAUUAUUAGAAGAAUUAAAAGAAUUACUAAAAAAGGAUUUAAGUAAUGAAAUGAAAGAUAAUAUAAAAUCACUUUUUAUUGAAGUUCAAGAAUUUUAUUUGGAAAUUAAAAAUGACUUAAAAAUUAAUUAUCCAUCAACUGAAGAUCUAUUAAAAUUAUAUUCUACAAAUGAUUGUAGUGAUAAAAGUAAAAAUGCAAUAUGGAAAAGCUUUUGUUUUUAUAAAUUACUAAGUGAUCAAUUAAACGAUUUGCAUAUAUCUACUAUUUCUUCUUAUAGAUUGCAAUGCUUAAAAACAAUUUACAGAUGGUAUAAUAAAAAUAAAAGAAUAUUAUUUAAUUGUAAAAAUGACAAAAAGAAAAUUAAUUUGUUUGAUGAGGAAAUUAAUAAAAAUGAUUCCUUAAAUGGAAAUUUUGAUAAUACAUAUGCUUCAACUCUAAAUGAAAAAACAAACUUACAAAACAAAAAUAAUGAUUCAAUAGAAAUUAAAGAAAAUGACGAAAAUAACGAAAAUAACGAAAAUAAUGAAGAAAAAAAAAAAGACAUUGAAGAAGACCCUAAUGAAAUAAAAGAUAGUAAAAGUAAAAAUCAAAAAGAGUACACAAAAGAAUUUUCAGAAGAUUUUGAUAAAUUGUUGAAGGAACAUAUACAAAUAACAAAUGAACAAAAUGAAAAAUAUGAAGAUAUAGAAUUGAAUAAAAAAAAUGAAAUAACAGAUAAUGAAUCAAAUAAUAUUUUAAAUAAUUAUAUAUAUCCAUAUAAUACUAUAAUUAGCAAAAUAGAAUGUGAACAGAAAAAAGAGAGCAUAUUAAAAAAUAAUGCUCAUAUUGAAAACAACAAUAAAAGUAAUGAAGAAAAAAGAGAAGAAGAUUAUGAACAUAAAAGUAGAGAAAAUAAUACUUAUGAAGAAUAUGAAUGUAAAAAUUUCGAAAAGUUAAAUAGUGAUAAAUUUAAUUUUAAUUCAACACUUUUGGGAGAUGAAAAGGAUGAUUUUUAUCAAAUACCAAUAGAUACUAAAAAAAUAAAAGAACUAGAGGAAGAAAUUAAAAAGCAAAAAUUAUUAAUUAAAAAAAAAGAAAUAGAAAUUAUUAAUUCUCCUAUAGGAAUAAAAUUUAAAGAUAUUUUUGGAAACUUUCAAGAUAUUGACAUUAAUAACUGA